CUCUUUUUCUCUUUUUAAACCAAACGGACAUAGCCACCGCUUUUUCUCUUCCUUUUGUAAGAAAAACGACCCUGACGGCACCCCGGAAAAGAGUUAUGUCACAGACAUACCCAUUCGAGUCAUUCAUCUCCUCUCUGAACGUUGAAGUUCCAGAGACAAAUGACCUAAGCGAACAGGAACUUGCUGAUGAGUUAGCCAUCUUUGCCAACGCUCAGUUUACCUUUGAUAUGCCCCCUGGUAUGGGUAUCCAAGACGACAAACCUAUGCCACCUGAACAACACCACCGUUACAGCUACCAACACCAACACGAACUUGUGCUUGGCCAUGUUGCCAAGCUUAAGCAAGACCAGCAGCAAAAUGGUGGUUCAAAAUCACAAGAACUUCACCCCAUAGUCGAUCACCAAGGUUACCAGCCUAAUGAAUUUUCUAUGCCUCAAACUUUAAACAGCAAUGGCCCAUACCUUCCUGUGGGUGCUUCGAUGUCUACCAUGUUGACCAGUGCGCAGCAUGCCGAGCACGCCAAUGUUUAUAAGCAGCAACUGACCGUGAAUACUAACCACGACAGUGCUACUUCAUCGCCCGCCAACUCGGCUCCUAACACACCUAUCAGUGAACAUCCAUCGAAGGACGAUCAACGAGGCAUUGUUGGCGACGACGAUAAGCGACGUCGCAACACAGCGGCUAGCGCUCGUUUCCGUAUCAAGAAGAAGCAGCGCGAGCAAGCUUUGGAACGCACGGCAAAAGAAAUGACAGAAAAGUCCGAUCGUCUUGAAUCCCGCGUCAAGGAGUUAGAACUGGAAAUCAAGUGGUUGCGCUCUCUUUUGUUAGAGAAGGAUUCUCGUCAAUCUGAAACUACCGAUUCUGAUGCUAAGAAAGAUCAUUAAAAACGGAGGAGCCACGUCUCUGAUGUUGUUAUAAAUAGUGUUUUCCAUUUGCCUUUUUUUUCCCUCGUUUUUUAUUUUGCAAUGUCCAUAUAUUAUGAAUUUGAAAUUGUUGCUUUGAAACACUCGC